GGGGACACGCCUUUCCCUCUCAUUGCCCUACAUGCCACAGCAAGUAUGACAAAUCCAUGGAGAGCUACUCGAAAGACAGAGAACAUGAGCGAGUGGGUGGGGAAAAUGUGGAGAGAAGAAAAGGGUAAAAAGAAUUACAACUACAUAUAGUAGUAAAAGAACUACUGCAACAACUUCAGACUUCUUUUCCAGCUCCAGGUGUCUUCUUUUGGUAACAAAAAUGGCCCUGGGUGGCAGCGUCCCUUCCCUAGACAACUCCACAUCUUUCAAAAACGAGACCAUUGUUGAUAACCCAACUGCCACCGCUAUGGGCGCCCUCAUCAUGACCCUCGCCUUUCUUUUGGGCCUUCCUGGAAAUGCUUUCGUCAUCUGGAGCAUCCUGACACGUGCCCGAAAACAGACUGUCACCACCCUCCUCAUCCUCAACCUAGCCAUCGCUGAUGGCUUUCUAAUGGCUCUCACCCCAUUCUUCAUCAUCUACUUGGUUUUGAAGAAGUGGGUGUUUGGGAGGGAGAUGUGUAAGAUCCUGUUCUACCUGUGCCUGGUCAACAUGUACGCCUCCCUCCAGCUCAUCAUGGUCAUGAGCAUCUACAGGCUGGUGGCAGUGCUGUUUCCACAGCGCAUCAGCGCCAUCACCAGGCAGAGAACUGUAAUGCGGUUGCUGGUGGUGGUGUGGGUGCUGGUGAUGGUCGCUUCUGUUCCUGCAAUUAUCUUCAGGGAUGUGAGGAAUAACGUGUGCAGUUCAUUCCAUGAUAAAAACAGUCAUGUGGUCCUCCAGUACACACCAGAGCUUGUGCUUGGUUUUCUACUUCCCUAUGGGGUCAUUUUAGUCAGCUACAUCUGCAUCUUACGCCGGAUCCGACAAACCAAGUUCCGCCGUCGAAUUCGUAGCGAGAAGCUCAUCCUGGCCAUUGUGUUGACUUUCUGCUUCUUCUGGUUGCCAUACCACAUUGUCAACAUAGUGCAAAUUUCAUGGGCUUCAAGUCCAGAGGGUCCAGUGAAAGGAAUACUAGGCAAAAUAUGGCAGAGGAGCCGUGCUGUCACCUCUUCCAUAGCCUUCAUCAGCAGCUGUGCCAACCCGGUGCUUUACUUCUUUGCAGCAAAGUCCUAUAUUCGGCGUGAAGGGCUGGCGUUCAUGGCUCGCUUGUUUGAGCACACUGGUUUGGACUCAGCCACUAGGAAGAGCCGUCAGAACAGCCGGCAGAACAGCCAGAACAGCCGCGAAAAAGACAAAGAUGCUGAGGUUGUCAUGUUAAAGGACAAAGAGCAGGACUCUGAAACCAACUCGAGCUCUAACAUCAAAGAGGUGAAGAAUGUUAAGUAGAGGAUAUGAGAGGCAGCAGACUUGAUAC